UGUUUAAAAGUAAAAACCGACUAAAAAGUAAUGUUUUUAUCAUUUGAAAAGCGAUUGCGACGGACGGGCGGUUUCUGCACUUGUAAUCACAAUGAGGGUUUAAUCCAUCAAAACUGUCAUAUGAUGAAUGGUAUGACAUCGUCGACGAUAGGAAGUGGUCUAUCGGUUGAUCGUAUGUAUGGAUCGACGAGUGCUCUCAAUCAAAGAUCAGAUCAAACGGGUGUGAAUAUGACGACUAAUUUGCAAAACAAGUCGAGCUGUCAGUCAAUUAAGUCAGUUUCAAAUAUACCGAAACUAUUGUCGCCUUUACAGUGCAGACCAGAAAAUAAUAAUAGAUCAUCAUUUCAUUCCCACACAUAUCCUGACUCGACAUUAGGCCAAACUAAUAGCUCUAAUACCAGUGCUUCGACACCCGUUCUCACAUCAGCUCCACUGCGAAGGCAGAUCUCUCUAAGCCAUUUGGAGGGACAGACGUCUACUGCUGGCAACAGUAAGCCUCACAAUAGUCGCAGUGCUGAGGGAGGUCUGGGUGGUCUUCAUCAGAGGAUACGCGCUAUGCUCUUACCUGCAAAAGACUCAUCCAAAACAAAAACAAACCAAAGAAAUACUAACCAAAGCUUUAGCCAAAGCGAUACUAAUGAAACUUUGUCUGUGAAUCAAAACACAGAUACCACUGAACCCAUGGCUAACAGCACAUACAGCUCACAAACUGUUGUGUAUCCAAACGUUUCAUCACAAGUGGAUAAUUCAUUGAUGGAUAACUACAACACUUUUGACGACGAAAACGACUCGUUUCACAUCAGAGACGUCUGCAGCAAAUGGUUCAGUCAGACUAAGUGUCCAAUCAAUCAAACCCUUACAUCACAAAUGGCCUCAGCUAUGACCAAACCAUCCCUUUUGGACACUUCUCCCAAAUUAUCACAUAAUAUGAAAAGUGAUUUAUUUGAUAAAGUGAUUCAUAAAGACACGAUAUGUCAUAAUUCAUAUACGAGUACAACAAAUACAAAUAAUCAAUCAUUUAAUGGAUCAGAUCCAACACAACUGUCUACUUGUUCUCCAUCUUCUUCUUCUUCACAUUUUUCUUCCAGAGUUUUAGAUGAUAAACAACAAACAAAUAAUGAAUGUGAUAUAACAGGUGCUGUCAGUGAUAGACAUGUUGUAGUUGUCAGUGAUCUUGAAUGUGAUAUAAACAGAAACACUUUGCUUACUGUUAGAUCAGAUGUGCCCGCAGAGGAUGUGUUGAAUGUGAACACAGCAAUAACUACCAGUGCUUAUCAAGAUAUACAAAACAAUGGAUAUUUAGUACAAAUUAGUGACCAAAGAAUUACUGAUAGUAUGACAUCUCCAGAUCAUAAUUACAAGUCAUCGUCCGAUUCUGGUCGCGGAACUGUAAGAAGUCGACACACAGAUAAUGCUAACAAAAACGAUAGUCCCUGCGGUACAAGUCCUCUAGAUUUGACAAGUUUAGACUCAGACCAAAGUGUGUCGGCUGUUAAGGCCAAUGCUUGGGUUGAGGACAGUCUAAAUCAGACGCAAUCGACUGACAGUAUGACUAGUAAUGAAAAGAUUGAGAAAAUGCAGAAAGAAUUGCAACGAAUUCUUGAGGACAACCAUUCUGUACAAUCCAUUGAAGUCGAUGUCGACGACUUGAGUCGCGGAUUUAAGACUAGACUAUCGAUUGUUAAUGAAAGUGAUAGUUGGACAUCAAAUACACCAUCACAAGUGUCACAUCAGCCACAAAAAGGAACGACAUCUAAGUAUGCGGACUAUUAUGAAGCCAAAGCUGACUGUUCUAAGAGUGGAAAUGCUAUGAAAAAUACCGGUUGCAAAACAUAUGAGACCAAUAAAAACAAGCAAAAGUGUUCAGUAAUUGAUAAACAAAUAACAAACAGUAAUAAACCAAAUCUAAUGAACGAUAAAAACAAAUAUCCGGCACAACGUUCCUCAUCCAUAACAAAGACUAUGCAAAUGCCUAAUACCAGUGCUAAACGUAGGAGUAAUGAUCGAUCACAUUAUGGUUUAGCCAAUAGAGGAGCCAAACAUCGAUUCAAUCAUUCAAUUGAUAAAAAUAAAGAUCGGUUCAGAAAUUUAGUCGAUUGUGAUAUCCUGUCGACCACUACUGCGCGGGACAGCACUUAUGCCGACGAUCUGAGCAGUGAAUACACGGCUAAUACCAGUCUAUAUGAACAACAAGACGUCUACUCUAUUCGCAAACAACUACAAGGACUGGAAAAUAUGUAUUCAGAGAUUCUGGGAAUGAUGGGUCCAAAGGCUAGGAUUGAUGGCACACAAAGAACUCGAAGAAAGGUUUGUCGGAGCACUUCAUCGAUAAUAUCGGGUCGCAGUUCUGUCACGAGUAGAGGCGCCAGAGAUAUGUAUUAUAGAAGAUAUAGAUAUGACGUCCGAAAGUCUAAACCCGAUGAAUCUCACUCAUCUCGUCGACUGAAACGUCUUGAGACUCAUGUAAUAACAUUAGCCCGAAGUGUGGCUCAAUUAUCUACAGAAAUGCGAUACAAUCACUCGAUAUCUGAAGAAAUGGAGAAUUUCAGACAAGAGAUGCACUUAAUUAGGGAACAAAUGCUAGCAAUUAAACAAAACAUAAGCACCGGUGGCUUUAGUAUGACUAAUAAACAGCAGUCCUAUCAUCAAAGCAAUGGUUAUAUUUCCGCAAAUGGGCGUCGAUUGACUAACCAAUUGACUAAUCAUCAUAUCAUUAAUCCUAAUAAAGUAGAAAAAUUGAAAAAAUUUUUUGGAGACGAGCCCCCAUUGUUGAGGCAAUUCCUCAAGAAAUUAGGCUAUGAGAAAUACGCCCGAAAUUUUGAAUCAGAGAAAAUAGGCAUAACUGAAUUGCCGUAUUUGAGUGAAGAAAGGUUACAAAAAUUAGGCAUUCCUUUGGGCCCAAGGAUGAGGAUUAUGCAAGAAUCACAUCCACAAUACAAACACAAUAAUAAUAAUCACAAUAAUGACAACUACAGCAUCUAUGGUAUUGUUUAA